AUGCAGUUUCAUGACGUAGACUACAAGAUCAAAUCGAAAAAAACAGGGUUUUUCAUUCCAAAGAAGCCCAAUUCAGAAGAGAAAGCGAUACUGAAAGGAAUAAGCGGCGUGGUCCAUCCAGGGGAGAUGCUGGCCAUGUUGGGUCCAUCAGGGUCCGGCAAAACCACACUCCUCACAGCGUUGGGCUGCCGACUCGGCGGACAACUCAACGGAACCAUAGCCUACAAUGGGAAGCCCUUCUCCAAUAAGAUGAAGCGCAACAUCGGUUUCGUUACUCAAGACGAAAUUCUCCUCCCCCACCUGACUGUAACCGAAACCCUAGUCUUCACUGCGCUUCUAAGGCUGCCCAAUACUCUAACCAAACAACAGAAAGUGGCUCAGGCGGAGGCAGUGAUCUCCCAGCUGGGGCUGAGUAAGUGUAAAAACGGCGUCGUGGGAGGCCAAACCUUGAGAGGGGUUUCUGGAGGGGAGAGGAAAAGAGUGAGCAUUGGGCAAGAGAUGCUUAUAAACCCUAGUUUGCUGUUCUUGGACGAGCCCACGUCGGGCCUUGACUCGACCACGGCACAGAGGAUUGUCUCGACGCUGUGGGAGGUGGCGAACGGCGGGAGGACGGUGGUGAUGACGAUCCAUCAGCCGUCGAGCCGGCUGUUCUAUAUGUUACAUAAGAUCUUGCUGCUAUCGGAAGGAAGCAGCAUUUACUUUGGAGAGGGAUCGAAAGCUAUGGAUUAUUUCUCGAGUAUUGGAUAUUCUUCAUCUGUGCCUAUGAACCCUUCAGAUUUUCUGCUGGAUCUCGCCAAUGGUUUGUCAAUGAAUAAUGAUCCAUAUGAGGAACCAGCCAUGAUUAAGCAGAAACUUGUCUCAUCCUAUAAGACCAAUAUCGCUGUCAAGUUGGAGUCAGAGCAACAAGAAUUAACCGAUGAGCAUUGGUUCGGAGUUGAAUCAGAUAAAGACAAAAACUUUGAGCGUUGGUCCACAACUUGGUGGCAAGAAUUCUGUGUGCUGUUGAGGAGAGGAAUUAAGGAAAGGAAGUACGAAUCCUUCUCCGGACUCGAGGUUGGGCAGGUUCUAGUGAUUGCAUUCUUCUGUGGAAUUUUAUGGUGGCAAUGUGAUGAUUUACAAGAUCAGACGGGACUUCUCUACUUUUUAACAAGCUUUUGGGGUUUCGAACCUCUAGUGAAAGCUAUCAGCACCUUCCCAAAAGAACGAAAGAUACUUGAAAAGGAAAGAUCCUCAGGAAUGUACAGGCUCUCAUCCUACUUCAUGUCAAGAACAACCAACGACCUCCCAAUGGAGCUCUUCCUUCCCACCAUUUUCACCCUCAUAGUCUACUGGAUGGCAGGCCUCAAACCCUCUGUUGCAAACUUCUUCGCCGCUAUUUUUUCUCUCUUCCUCAACGUUUUGGUGACACAAGGCCUCGGCCUCGCCAUCGGCGCCGUCGUUUUGGACCAAACCUCAGCCAUAACACUUGGCACAGUCCUGAUGCUCUCUUUCCUUCUAGCAUCUGGCUAUUUUGUGCAGCAUGUGCCUCGCUUUAUUGCUUGGAUUAAGUAUCUCUCCAUCGGCCAAUUUACGUACAAGCUGCUGCUGAUGUCUCAGUUCGAAGCUGAUGAUACUUAUCCAUGUCCGAGACUUGGAGGGGUUUGUAAAGUUGGAGACUUUCCUGCAAUUAAGCAAAUGGGUCUCCGUGGGAAAGCCACUACUGUUUUGGGUUUGGUGGUGAUGCUUGUUGGAUAUCGCCUUGUUGCUUAUAUUGCUUUGAUGAGGAUUGGCGUCACCAAGAGACACUAG